UGUCAAUACGGUGAAGAAAUGCAGUGUUUGCUGCAGCGGGAUCCGUGGAGCUUUACGAAAUCCUUGCGUGUUUUUUAAAGGUGGGAAAUGGCCUCGCUCCAGAAGUGCAGGUUUAUUCGCCAGUACGCCACAGACGACGUGCGGGUUUGAAGACAGCGAGUGGGCAAAGCGCUCGCUAGCCGUCGCCAUCCAGAUAAAACUGGGUUCGUGGACAGAAGAAAGCAGACAACAGGAUCUGGACACGUUUACACAGACCUAUGAGACUCUUAUCAGGUGAGAGAUGGAUAUGAGAGAGGUGUAUGUGGUGGCCGGCAGCUUCGUGGGGUUCCAGCUAUUCUUCUCAUGCGUCAGUCCGGUUCUGUCUUCCAACUUCACACAGGGUUAUGGGAAACUUCCUCCAAACAAACUCAACGACUGGAACUCCAGGCUGGUGUCCACUGUCCAUGCGUUAAUUGUGGGGCUGUUCUGUCUCUAUAUCCUCUGGUACGACGAUGCCGUCAAUGAGGACCCCGUCUGGGGUGAUCCUAACAUGGUUAAGCUCAAUGUGGCCAUCACCUGUGGAUACCUGUUCUAUGACCUGGUGCUUCUGGCUUGUAACUGGAGUGCCAUGGGGGACAUCUUUUUUGUCUGUCACCACUUGGCGGCGCUGUACGCUUAUGGAUUUUUGCUGACACGUGGAGUGCUUCCUUAUUUCGCAAACUUCCGACUGAUUUCAGAAUUGUCAACGCCAUUUGUGAAUCAAAGGUGGUUUUUCGAAGCGUUAGCUUACCCUCGUACUCACCCGCUGGUUGUCGCCAACGGCGUCGCAAUGGCGGUCGUGUUCUUCCUCGUGCGGAUCGCCGUGAUGCCGCCCUACUGGGCAAAAGUGUUUGGCACCUUCGGUACGCCAGCGUUCGAAAGGCUUGGUCUGGCAGCUCAGGUGGCCUGGAUCGUAUCCUGUGUUUGUUUGGAUAUCCUCAACACAAUCUGGAUGUACAAAAUCGCCCGCGGCUGCUACAAGGUCAUUACCGGCAAGCUAAGAGGAGGCAAAGUGGACUCCAAAAAGACCAAUUACAUGAACAACCACACAGACUGAGAAUCAUCCAUGACAACGACCGAUUAGAUUAGACGUGUUCUCUUCCCAGAAUAUAGCAGCUUCUGAGUCGUUCCAUUGCGCUCUGGAUGGACGUGCUCUCGAAACAGAGGUUGGGAUGAGAGAGUAUCAUCAUCCCAGUGUGGUUUUAACCUCUACUUCAUGUACAGACACUCUGACUUCACCUGCACUGGUGGAAGUCAAGCAGAUAAACGAACCCGUUAUGCCUCAAGCACAACCAAAGUGCCUCCCAGCACAAGGAGAAGCAACAGAACAUGAGCGUAUGACCACGAAAAGUCCAUCAGAUCUCCAUCGCGAAGCCUUAGCCAGUCAGUACCCAUCCAUGUCUUUCUCGAAACCAAUCGCGGUCGCUUUGUGAGCCGUGUUUCCUGUGAUAUUAACACUGAUGUGCCUCAAAGGUCUCCAACAUCCACAACUUGUUGACCAUUUGGGUUGGAGGUGCUCACUCAAUUUUACGCCAUUGCCAGUCUGACGGGUUGCAAACCUCAGAUCUACCUCUAUCACCGUGUCAAGCACAAGUGCAGUACCUGCCCAUCUCAAUACGAGCACCGCAUGGACUCGAGGAACAUGAGGAGCAUCUUGAAAAGACAGUCCAUGAGAAUCAAACGCUUUGCUCUUAUAGUUCAGACUUGGAGAACUCGUCUUAUGUUGCACGCCAGUCACUCUUUUGCAUUUCCACAAGACACUUUCCAUGUGAAAAUGGAGUGAAAGGUGGUUUCUAAAGUCUUUGAGAGUUUCACUUAGCAAAUUCCUGUGUGUGCAUACUUCAUUUCUGACCAUGUGAGGUCACGGUUGCAUUAGAUUCGAGGAAACUGCAGUGCUUUAUCCGUUUCUCAGGUUCUUGCCUUUUUUAGAGCCCUCCAUUUUCUCCCGACAUGCUCAAGUUGCAUCACUAAACCGUUUCCUCACCAAGCAGAUUGUUUCAAUGUUCGAAGCUCAAGGCUUGGUGGGAACUGGUGCAAAUUCACAUCUUAGUCCUGUUUUUUUUUUCCUGGUUCUGUUGUUUUCUUCCUGCCAAAUUCAUAGUUUUUUUUUUUCAGCUUGUUGGUCACCAGAGCUGAUGUUUAGGCUUUUGUCAUGAUGCAUGAAUGCUGUUGUGAUUCUCUUGAAUGUGAGUUCAUGCGAGCUGGGCAUGUCAACUCAUCUUGCGUUGCACUGUGGCAUUACGAUACAGUAUAUAUGUGCGUAAAAUCAUAUGCAGUACUUAUUCCUGCCAAGUAUUUAACAAGAGUAAAUCCCUCUGGAAUCAGAGCUAGCAUUUCUCUUCAGGUACACUUUCAAAAUGAAUGUUAUUUUGAAUGAGAAUGGGAGAGGAUUGUGGGAAAUGUAGUAUUUUGCCUUGUAUCCGUAAUUCGUAACAACCAAAUCAGCCUCCAGGCCUUGAAUAUGUGAAGCUGUGACAAUAGAAAUAUAUUCGGGAGACGUUUUGGAGAAGAAAAUGGCCAUUUGGUCGUGUAAUUCUAUGUACUUAUAACGUCUGAAAUGAGCUGUAAUCUUCAUGUUUAUUGGAAACGCAAAGGAGUUUAGGCUUUAUGGUACAACAUCAGCACAACCAUUGCACAGAAAUCGAAAUGCCUUGGUGGCAUUGAUAUUAUAAUAAUUGUAAUUUUGAAGGGCUGGUCGAAAAUCAAUAGGAAGUUCAUCUACUGGACAAAUUGAUUGGCGUAACUCAAAAUAAUACAUUUGUUUGGCAAAAAAGAGUUAAAUAUUCAUAAAAACAAGACUUUCUCUACAGUUAUUGAUUGUUUUCUGUAGAGCGGUCACAUAAAUGUGCCUGUUGCUAUAUAAGCUACAACAUAUGAGUAUAUGAAAUAAUAGUAUAGAUAGGACUGUACUAGUUUAAAACAGCGAUAGAGUUAACACAACACUAGUAUUAGUACGUCGCCUAGCCUCAGAUUAGCUUAAACUCCUAUACGUCAUUGUGGAUUCAAGGGUGGGAGAAUGUAAAAAAUGGGUAUAAAUGAGUAGUUGGAUCCCCCAUAUCAAACAUCCCAUUAAAGUUUAUUGGUACAUUGUUUACAAAGGCCUUUGUAAUAAUCUAUGCUGCACUUGCCUGCUCUCGUUUGGUUCGAUCCUCAUGUAGAGCAGAUAGACAGUAUCCUAAUCAAGGCAAAAAGUGUUUUUCGUGAUCACAAGGAGCCCGAUAUUGUUUGUCAGUGUUUCAAGCUCAUGUGGCUUUAAAAAUGAACUGUCACCAAUUAAAUUAUAUGGAUUUAUUUAGACAUUUGAAAUUGUUUUGGUACAUUGGAGGACCCAUAAUUGAUAAUUGGAGCAAUAAAAGGGUGACUAGACCGACUUUUCUGCCUGUCCAGAUGUUUGGACGAGGAUUUGCCUGGUAUUCAAUGGAAUCAUUUACUAUGUGCAAUUUGGUGACCAGCCCAAUGCCAGUAUUGAAACUCUAUGUAUGUGUAUAUAAUUUCAGUCUAGAAGUAGAAGUUGCUUUUAAGAAGUGAUUAUAAGAAUACUAAAAUGAGUACAGAACUGUUGGAUGAUUGUUCAGUUCUCCGAUCUCUUGAUUUGAUCAAUUUGACCUUUUACUUUUUUUUUUUUUUUUCUUUUAACACAUUACUGUUGUGGAUCCAAUCAUCUCUGGAAUUUUAAUGUGAAAAUCGACACCCAACAGAGGCCCCUUAGAGCCCCUUUGUCUAUACACUUUGAAACCGAUGGAUGGCAUGUAUGACCAAUAAUAAUAUUGUCCAAGUAGCAGUCAAAACUUGAGAAAUGACAGUUGAAUAAAUUU